AUGUAGAAAGUAGUAAUUCUAUCAUUGCUGUCUCUAAUUGCAGUCAAAACUGCUUUGGUUGAAGUCAGCAACUAACAUCUAAUUCAAAGGCUCUCAGCCGAGGGAGAUGCUUUGAACAAAAUAAUCAACCUGAAAUGGCAUGAGCUUAAUCAUCAAGAUGAUGUCAAGUUAGAUUUGGAGUCACUUAAAACUUCAAAUCCCUAAAACUCAGAGAGAAAAGCAAUAGAUUUCACUUUCUAGGGCUAAGUAUCUUCGCAUCAUUUCUCAGCAACCAUUCACACAAAGCUUGAAUCAUCACCUCCUUAUGAUAACUACAGAAACCUUCCAGUUAGCUCAGUUGAAAUAACAGGCGUUGCUGACGGAUAAUUGAAAUAAGACCUAGAACAAUCAAUUGGAAGAUUUGCGGACGCACUUACUGGUUGGACUCAUUUUCAAUUAUGGGAAACAUCUGCAGAAUUCUAUGUGCUCCAUCUAGCAACUUAAUUUGGGUUAAGAUUGUGUAAUGCAUUCUACACCAAUGGGCAAUCUGUAUUCUUAGAAUAGUCAGGAGCUAGUCUUAGGAAUUUUACUACCAGAUUAGAAUAAGUAAAUCAAUACUCUAAGCUGCCAUCUAGUGAUCCUCGAUACUUCUCUAUCACUUUAAAUGAUAAAUUCUUGCUUGACUUCUUUGAGGCAUUCCUAGGUCCAGAGAAAUAAAUCAACGUAGCAACGUUCUUGUCAAAUUUCAAUACCUUAAAGUAGUAUGUUGAAAUGAUGAAAGUUGAUAAAUUGUUAAUGCUAUUCCCUACUCUAGCUGAUAGAUACAAUAAGAAUGAUUCAAUUAGCAUCAUGAUUAGUCCAGAAGAUACAUUAUAAGAGGGUGUUGAUUACGCAAAAAAGAAUAUCAAGAUUGUAUUUAAAAAGGAUUCUGCAGAUAUUCUCCUUCCAAUUGUAUUUAACUUGAUUGUGAAUUAGAGUGAUUCUUGGGAUAUAUUCCGUAAAGGAUACGUCGGCCUUGGUCUAGGCUCGACUCUCAAGCAACUUGAAGAUAAGCCAUUGAAAUUUUCAAUGAAAGCUAAUGCUGGGAUUAAAAAAAUUGUUCUUAUCGACAAUAAAGCUGAAGAUGAGGAAGAUUAAAAUAUGGAGCAUGAAGCAGGGGCUAUUCUCGGAUUGGUCAACCUAUUCUUGAAAAAGCAAUUCAAAGCUCAGACUGUUGAAGCACCACUACACCUUCUCGAAAAGUUCAACUCCUUCGUUGAUAUAGAGAAAAUUGCAUCUCUAACUAAAAUCAAAUUAAUCCCAGGCUACUUGGAUGCUUCAAUCGGAGAUUUAGAGCUAAAAGAUUUGACAAUCCCAACUAAACUAAUUGAAAGAGUGAAAUUCGAAGCUGAAGGAGUUAGUGAUACUUUUCACAAGGAUCAAUUAAGGAAGAAGGCAGCUUACGAAAGAAAGUAAUAGAAAUUAGCAAAGAAAUAAGAAACCACCGAAAAAGUACUUGAAAAUGAUUAGAUUAAAAUUGAGUUAUGA